AUGGACUGCGAAGAUGUUCACCACGAAGAGAUAGUCAGUCUGACUGACAACGACUCCAUCGGAGAUGACAUCCCAAACGGUGCUGCUCCCGUGAAAGGUGAUUUCAAUUAUUUAUGUGUUCUGACGGAAGACCGUUGUUUUUUGUAGACGGUGGUUCAUUCUCAACAGAAAGCCCGCCUAUUCUGACUCCGUGUAAUGUUCAAAAACCAAACGGCGAUAUUCGAACGGUGCGUUUUUUUUACUAUGUGACAAUGAGAAGUGCUUUCAGUCGCAAACAGACAGCGAAUUCCCAAACGAAACACCCUCCGAUGUCAUUUUUGACGGAGAUCAUUCCGAUGACGCCGAAGUAGAGUAUAAAGUUCUCUUCGAUGAAAAAUCGGAUGAGGACGGGAACGACGUGGAAAUCGAUGUUCGAGGUGUCAAGUACAAGGUGAUCAUGGCCACUCAGCAUCAAGCAAAUGUGCUCUUUUCAGAUUCCGUACGCAAUCGAAUGCCAUCUUUGCAACGAAAUGAUGAAUUUGUGCUUGCGAAGAACUCGUUAUCGUGGUCAGACGCGAGAGUAUCCGGCUUACCGUUGCAAUCGGAAAGGAUGUCAAACUUUUCGAUCAAUCAGAAAAGUGUUCACCAACUGCGUUACUGAAACAUCUUCCGAGGGGCGUGAGUCUCCAAAAAUGGUUUAUCAGCCAUCGCUCGACACCAAUUCUCCGAAGUGUGCAUCCAAAAGUCAAUCGAUCGGCCGAGGAGAGUUCUCUGAAGAUGGUACAUGCCCAACCGCUUCUAGUAUCCUUAUUACUCAUUUUCAGAUUCUGACGACUUCGUUAUUCAACGUGUCUUCCUCCCAAAACCGAGCAAGCGGAUUCAGGACUCCUGCGUAAAGCUGCCUUCAGUCCAUGAAAGAGUUCGAAAGGCCAACCAGGAAAGAUCGGUCGCUUUCACUGAAUUCUCCGAUCAACUCCGACGUGAUAUUGCGGCUAAUAAGCGUAUUCGAGUACGAAAGCAAAUCAAUGACGACAACGUGCAACAAGGGUUCGUGGAAACUAAUUUUCAUUCUUUUUCCAAAUCGAUCACAUACAGAACACUAUUCUAUAUUAGCAAGGAGCUCACUCCUCAAGAAAUCAUUGAACUUCAAGAUUCUGUGAUCAAAACACUCAUUUCUCUGAGAAAGAUACCGCCACCGAUGUCAAUGCUGGACCUUCCGCUGUUCGCCCAUUGUCCCUAUACGAAAAAAGAACUGGAAACGGGUUUGGAGUCGACCAAGUAUCAAGCGGAUUUCUGGCGUGCGUUCACUUCCGCUCCACAACCGCCACUGCCUGUCGGAUUCAUCCGAAGAAAAGACGACACUUUGAUUUAUAAAGAUCCAAAGCCGUACGAGUGAGAAAGAAGAAAUCGUAUUUUGUCGUUUUGUCUAGUUUUGUUUGUAUUGUUUGUCCGUCAAUUUCGUCUCGUACACUUCUGAAACAUUACAUGUUUUUUUCGAAAAGAAACUUGAAAUUCUUUGUCAACUUUCUAUUGUAGCUCGUUUCCAAGAGUCAUCUCUCGGAAGUCAUCAAGAGUGUCAGCGAUUGUUUGCAGAGUUCCCACGAUUCUUCAACAAAAUUCACCGCGAAAACAAGCAGAAGCGGUGCUGAACUAUCGCCAGAGGAAAGGAGAGCAGGAUGCGAAGAGAAUGGAAAGACGGCACACGGAGAAGAAGUACCGCUCGUGGGCUUCCCUGAAAAGGUUUGCGAAAAAAGGAAAAGGAUAUUGAGAGAACGACAUCGGCAUGAUUUCAGGGAGUUCGACAUGGCCGAGACGGACGACUGCCCCACAAACAAGCAUGUGCGCGCGUCUUUCAAAGAUUCGAGUGUUCGGUCGGAUAAGAAGUCCCGUAAAGUGACACUUCAAGAGCUGAUUGACAAGAUGGAAGGAGACUCGAACGGUUUUUUAACUGCGAAGAUCAGAGCGGGAACAUCGCAGAGAAAUUGCGAAUCUAUGCAAUGGAUCGACGACCAGAGCUUUCCGGAAACGGUCGAAACGGGCGGCUCAAAAAAGUGAGAAAUUAAUUUUCCUUCUGGAAACAAGAUUGUUUUCAGAAAAGGAGACUUCCCGCAGCAUCGUCACGAGAAACUCGAGGACGACGUGUUCGACAACGAUAGACGAUUCAAAAACCUUUCGUCGAUGCAGGACAUGAUGAGAAACUUGUCGACUCCGCCCAUGCGCGUGCCCAUUUCUCCGAUGAUCCGAUCGUUUUCGUCUUCUGAUCACAUCGAAAUGCGGAAUUCCACCGCACCGAUGUUCUUCAGCGACGUUCAGAUCAACAACAAUUCCCCGUUCUACACCUACUUGACCCCUUUCCAAGUGGGCACUUCUUUGGAAACGAACAGCUACUAUCAAAGCAGAGAUGUUUCUGAUGAGCACUAUCGGAGUGUCGGAGCGUCGGAAGUUGUACGCACAGAAACUGUCAUGACUCCAUUCACCUACAUUCAUCCCGAUUCCGGAGCUCGUUUCACCGAUCCAUCUGCGUUCUUGACCUCUUUUGUGCCGUCGCCAAUCACCAAGUGCCCACCGGUGACGUUCGGCGAGGAAACGACCCGACCUCGUCGUAAUUCCGAGGUUAGAGUUAGAAGAUCUUCGUUAAAUACAUUUCAUUCUUGUAGCCGUCAACUUCUACCGUUCAUCACGAGAUCAGUGCGAGCAACCGGCUGAUCGAAAAAGAUGACUAUUCCGACGAGGACAACAAGAAAAUCAUGGACACCUUCCUGAAAUUCGAUCCUCCGUCGGUGGAGAAUCAGUCAUAG